AUGGAGAACAAGGAAGUGACGUGCAAACGGGAGAAGUGUCCGGUACUUUCCAAGGAGUGUGCCCUGGUCGUUAAGCAGAGAGGAACAUGUUGUGAGCGAUGUAAAGGUUGCAGUUUUGAAGGAACUUCAUACAAUAGCACAGUAAUAUGGCAGGUCCCAGAAAAACCCUGUACCAUGCGACAGUGCCAGGAAGGAGUGAUAACAGAAUCUGAGAUUCAGUGUGUCGUUCAUUGUAAAAACCCCUCGAAGCAGCUGGGAAUGUGUUGUCCCACAUGUCUAGGUUGUACAUUUGAAGGUAGACAUUACUAUGAAGGUGAGGAAUUUCAGCCUGAAGGGAACAAAUGCGUCAAGUGUGCUUGUAUUGGUGGCAGGACGCAGUGCCUACAAGAAGUAUGCCCCGUUCUUUCGUGUCCCCAGCACCUUAGUCACACUCCUGCAGGACAGUGUUGCCCAAAAUGUUUAGGACAGAGGAAAGUGUUCGAUCUCCCCUUUGGAAGCUGUCUCUUUCACAGUGAUGUUUAUGACAAUGGGGCAUCGUUUGCAUAUGACAAUUGCACCAAGUGCACGUGCAUGGAUUCCACUGUGGUGUGUAAGAAGAAAUGUUCACCUCCUGGAGAGUGCCUUAAAGCCAAAGAACAAUGCUGCAAAGAGUGUGUCGUGUUCGCAUCUCCCGAAGAAAGAAAUGUGUGCAAGUUUGGUAACAAGAUCUUCCGGGAUGGGGAGAUGUGGUCCUCGGUCAACUGCACCAUCUGUGCCUGUGUCAAAGGCGCAACAGAGUGUCGCAAGAAGCAGUGCCUUCCAGUCAGCAGCUGCCCUCAUGGAAAGAUCCUGAACAGAAAAGGAUGCUGUCCCAUUUGCACUGAAAAGCCUGGAGUUUGCACUGUAUUUGGAGACCCCCACUACAACACUUUUGACGGACGGACAUUUAACUUUCAGGGAACAUGUCAAUACGUUUUGACGAAAGACUGCUCCUCCUCUGCCUCGCCCUUCCAGGUGCUGGUGAAGAACGAUGCCCGGCGGACUCGCUCUUUCUCCUGGACAAAAUCUGUAGACCUCGUGCUGGGCAGCAGCACCGUCAGUCUCCAUCAGCACCUCACAGUGAAGUGGAAUGGGACACGGAUAUCCUUGCCUUACGAGACCCCGCACUUUCACAUCGACUUGGAAGCGUACCUUUUGAAAGUGACGACCAAAGCAGGACUGGAAAUUUCUUGGGAUGGAGACAGUUUUGUCGAAGUCAUGGCUGCACCACAUCUCAAGGGCAGGCUGUGUGGUCUGUGUGGCAACUACAAUGGGCACAAGAGAGAUGACUUGAUUGGGGGUGACGGGAACUUCAAGUUUGACGUGGAUGACUUCGCCGAGUCCUGGCGUGUGGAGUCCAACGAGUUCUGCACUCGCCCUCCAAGGAAACAUUUCCCUGAACUAUGCCAGGGAACAGUGAGGGUGAAACUCCGUGCCCACCGGGAAUGCCAGAAACUCAAAGCGUGGGAUUUCCAGACAUGCCAUUCAACAGUUGACUAUGCUACGUUCUAUCGGUCCUGUGUGACAGACAUGUGCGAGUGCCCUGUUCAUAAAAACUGCUACUGUGAAUCAUUCCUAGCCUACACCAGAGCCUGUCAGAGGGAAGGCCUCAAAGUCCACUGGAAGCCUGAGCAAAACUGUGCAGCAACCCAGUGUAAAAACGGUGCUGUCUACGAUACCUGCGGACCUGGAUGUGUGAAAACCUGUGACAACUGGAAUGAGAUCGGUCCUUGCCACAAGCCGUGUAUUGCCGGGUGCCACUGCCCUGCAAACUUAGUCCAGCACAAAGGCAGAUGCAUCAAACCUAUUCUCUGCCCACAGCGGUGACGUUUGCUUUUCUUUCCGAAGACUCUAAAACUGGUAUCUAGGGUACCCGCUGAAGGUCACAGCCAAUGAAGGAAUACGGCGUUGGUUGGCAGAUUUUGCAAAGCACGCUCACCAAGAGGGAAGACAAUGUGUGUGCCUGUAUAUUUAGGUGUGUAUAUGGAGGAUACCGUGGGAUGAAAGAAACAGCAACAGCAUCUACCUAUGCAACAGGACUGUACUGCUUCUCCAUGUGCAGUCAUGCAAAGCCCUGAAUCAUCUCAGCAGCUACAGCGUUAACUCUA